AUGGCCGAGCACUAUUCGCAGCUUUGCGCUCUCCUGGUCGACGAGUCGUAUGGUCAACUCUCGGCCCACGUCUUUCGCACCCUUGCUCUCUGGGGCCGUGUCAAUCUGCAGACCCUCAUCUCCAACGCCCAGCUCUCUCCUCGCCAUGUCAAAUACGCCUUGAGUGUUCUCAUCCAGCAACAUCUGGUCCUCCACUCCUCGGCCGCCGGUAGCGAUCCGCAGACCUUCUAUGAAGUCGACUGGAAUGGCGCGUAUAAUUUGAUGCGCUCUGGAAAGAUCAUCAACAUUGUCCAGUUACGCUUUGGAGAAGCUGCCGCCCAGCUCGUCUCCAACUUGUUGCAAUUGGGUCACGCACGUGUCGAAGAUUUGGAGGAUGCGUACAAGUUCACAAAGAACCCUGGACAUGCAAUCGACACCGAAGCCGAACACAUCAACGGUGAGGGCAUGCCUGCGCGAAGAGGUCUCAAGAAGAUCACUAGCCCCGAACAACUUCACUCGAUGCUGUGUAAGCUUCUAGAAUCUGGCUUCCUCACAAGGGUUCGCCCGACCACCUUCCUCUCUCCCGCCGAUUCCCACAACGAAGCCGACCUUCUCGUCAAACGCGAGCAAUUUCCCGAUGGAAAGGUCACUGGUCCCAAGGCAAAGGUCGUGUACGAGCAGGCUCUAAGAGAUUUGAAAAGGAAAUGGAGGGAUGCUGCAGAGGAUGCUGUCACUGGUGUGAAGAAGGUCCCCAAAAGAUCCAACGGAUAUGGCCCCUCCGCUAAGAGAAUGAAGACCAACGGAGGUGCGGCAAAUGGGGUAGGCACAUACGGCGCUGAAGACGAGGACGAUGUCAUUAUGGACAAGGAUAUGGUGCUGAAGGUCAGCUGGGAUAAAUGCAACGUCGCCUUGCGUAGUCAGGCUCUACAGAAUCUGGCCGCAAAGUCUAUUGGAGACGUCACAGCGACCGUGUACGGCGCAUUACUGGAACUGCUGGAAAAGAAAUGUCCGAGAUGUUACGAUGAGCUCGCCAUCUACACAGACGAGGCAGAUGAAGAAGCCGCUCAGCCUACUUCUACUACUCUCGAAAUCACAGACAUUCUCGACCCCACCAUCGAUUUAGCCUCUACCCUAUCUAAUGGCGACGAUGACGAUUAUGACCUGGAAGACGACGAUGUUCCGAAACGAGAGAAUGGCAACGAGAAAUUCAAAGGCGGCGCCUCUGCUUUUGCAGACCGCAAUCAGCGUCUUACACUGGUCGAGCAACACAUGGCCCUCCUGGCCGAGCAUCCACGCGGCUUUGCUCAAAAGGUCAGCACUCGCGGUAAAGGAGAGUGGAGGGUUAAUUUCCCAGCACUUAUCCGAUGGAUGCAGCGCAACGAAGUGGAGCAGGUUAUCAACGCAGGCCACGGCAGUAUUGCUACGCGCAUUGUGCGCAUGCUAUACUCCAAAGGAAAACUUGACGAAAAGCAAGUCGCCAACUUCUCUCUCAUGCGCCANAAAGACAUCCGCAGCAUCUUGACCGCCAUGCACGAGCACGGUUUCGUCGAAGCACAGGAAGUCCCCAAAGACAACACACGCCAGCCCAGCAGAACUCUGUUCCUGUGGUACUUUGACCCUGAUCGAUGCCGCCAGUUACUUUUGCAACACACAUACAAAGCUCAAGCCCGCCUGAUUCAACGCAUGCAACAUGAGAAGGACGUCGUCAGCGAGGUCAUCCAGAAAGCCGAACGUCUCGACGUCGUUGGCCACGAGGACGAAUAUCUGACUGCCGGUGACAAACAAGUCCUCCGCACCUGGCGCGAAUUUGAAGAGAAGCUCUUGACUCAACUCGCCCGUCAGGACGAUCUGGUUGCUCUACUUCGCGACUUCCUGCCUGACGUACGCGAUGCUGCUUCUGCUUGA